AUGGGUCUCAACACACAUCAUGCCAUUCUUCAAUGUACACUGGAAAAAGUGCUUGAAAAUGUUGUAAACGACGAAGAGGCAGUCGCGGUUCUCAUUCAAAAUCCCCAAGGCGAUGGGUGGGAAACCCCAAGCUUGAAAACAGCACUUCAACACAAGCUUGGACGAAACUUCAGGCUGUUCCAUGAAAACAUGAACUCCUUAUCUGAGCUAUUAGAGCGGCUCUCGAGAAAAUUGGAGUUACCCGCGAUGAAGACCGAUCAUAGCUCUACCGACUUCCGUUCCUUUCGGAAAUUCUGGAAAAUCCUUUCGAGGGCAGUAUACGACGACUUACUGGGGAAAAUUGAAGCGCCAAAUACUACACUUCGAAUGUUGGUCGAGCAAGAAAACCACCAAGAGGAGAGACGAGAACGCCGAACACCCUGGACCAGCCUUCUCAGGCGGUACCAAAACGAACGGCAGCAUAUAGAAUCCUUGUUUCAAACAGUUAGUGAUUCCUGUUGGCAAUCUCACUGCCGGGAGCAUCAUUGCGUCCAUCUCCCGCUCCAGCCCUACCCAACUGAGUAUGCCAAUAAUCCCCUCCAGCUAGGGGCUGAGCCCAGUUUUCAUUUUAUCUUCUCCAACAUUCACACCACUAGCCAGAUGGGUGUAUGGGAUUGGAGAGAGGUCAUUUUCAAGCCGCGAGAAACUGACAACUCUCAAAAUUACAUGCCUCCUUUGGCCGGGCAAUCAAGACAACAGAAAAUAUCAGACCUUUGCUCAUCACUCCAGAGUCUCAAACCGCUUCCUCAAGAACAAACCACAAUCGGGUUUAUCUCAGAAGGCUUCAACCCAACCUAUCGAUACACUAUGCAUGCAGUACAAAGCCUGCAGCGAAAUCCCCGAAAACAAACUCUGUCCGAAGCGUUGACCUCCUGCAGUCGUCGUGAUCGACUGUAUAUAGCCGCUAGCAUUGCCUGUGCCGUCCUACAGUACCAUGGAAACUGGCUCACGGGUCGAUGGGACAGCUCCAAUUUUCAUCUCGCCGCGGAAACACUGAAUAGUCUAUAUCUAUCGUGGCCUCUUUCUACACUCGGUGCUACAAAAGCCGAAUCUACACGGUCUAACUCGGCAAAACGAGAGGCUGUUUUACAAUCUCUUGGAGUCAGCCUGGUGGAACUCUCGCUAGGACGGCCUCUAGACGUAUUACUAUCCUCAAAAGAUGAAAGCCAUGAUAGGAAAAAGAUGAUUAUUGACUCUGUAUUGAAUAUUACAAAAGAGGUACGUCUAGAAAGUGGCUGGCACUAUGCGAGUGUUGUGGAUAGUUGUCUUUCCUGGUCUGGCGUGAGUAGUAUCUGCCGCGAAAGCCAUAGCUUCGAGGAGCGAAUUUUUGAUAAAAUCGUCUCUCCUUUACUAAAAGAUGUGAUGGUCUUUGACGGAAGGACUUGA